GGUGUGUCAACAUGGUUAGUGUCAACAUUAGCCUAAGUGUUUUUUAAACGGCGUCCAAUUCUGUUUCACACACUUGUCAAACAAGACCCAGCAGUAAAAAAAAUGACCUGACCCUCUCAACAAACACCUCAGCAUGAACCUACUCCGGGCAUGGAACACGUAUGUCCCAACACACAUACGCAGGAAUGAGUUCAUCCCCGUCAUUUUAUUUGUCUUGGCUAUUCUGACUUUUGUGUGGCUGGGGCAUAUGUACCGCUACAACUGGAGACCCAACACCUUUUGUGAAUCGGAGAUCAACUACAGAUUGUUGACACUCAACAAGUCACGCAUCCACAUGCUGCCUCCUACAGCCCCGCGUGUGGCCACAGGUGAAGUACUCCACGCGGCUGAUGACAUUUAUAAUAAUGAAUGUGUCGAGGUAUUUGGACCACAAAAGAACGGACCUUUACUGAUCUGCAUUCAUGACCCAAGAAGAGAUCUUAUGGUGUCUGCUCAUUUAAAGGAGGAAGGGGCUUGGGAGCCAGAAAACAUAGAAGCCCUGUACCAAGCCCACCAGAUGUUUCCCCAGAUGGUGUUGGUAGAUCUAGGCUGCAAUGUUGGUGUCUUCACACUACCAGCAGCCCAAAUGGGGAUGGAGGUGAUUGGCGUAGACUCUAUGAUGUUAAGUCUAAAACUCCUCCAGAGGUCGCUGUUUAUAAACGGACUCUCCUGCCGUGUGACACUCAUCAACAAUGCGCUGUACAGCAAGCGGGUCCCGAUGCGGGUCGCAGUUGACCCGAGCAAUGUCGGUGGCUCGACUGUCAUGGAGAUCCUUGAGAAUCGUAAAGAUCAGAUUAAGCCCAGCCAAAUUGUUGAUGCUAUAUGCCUGGAUGAUCUAUUGCCUUUUGUGCAAGGGAAGGAUAUUUUUCUAAAAAUAGAUCUGGAAGGGAAAGAAGAAGCUGUACUAAAGUGUGCCCAUGAGUUUUUCAAAAAUGUGAACAUAAAGGUUUUGUUGAUAGAAUGGAUGUACUACAGACAUAACGAAGAGGCCAGCAAAUUCAUCAAGGAAUUUCUGGUGUCCCAUGGCUUAAAGCCGACCUGGGGUGUAGAUUCAGACAGGCAUAUUGACCUGUAUGCAUCACACAGUUGGCCAGAUAAUGUUUUUUGGAUGAAAGCUUAAUUAAAAACAAUUUUUUCCCCAUCAUCACACUAUGUUUAUAAGACUGGUCCAAUAACUAUUUGAACAGUCUUUUAAAUUAGUUUGAACUAUGUUCAAAUGAAAAACAAUCUUUUAGUUAGAGUUGUAAACUUUGUAGAAAUAUUCCAGCAACAAUUUAUUCUUGUAUACUGUAUGUUAUGUAAAUAUCUGUUUUAUUCUUCAUGCAAGGGACAUAAUUUAUAUGUAUUUUAACAUUAAAAUAUUUUCCAGUUAUGUCCCUUAUUUAGUUUUUACUGUAGCAAUAAUCUCCAUACAUUCCAUUAUAAAAUAUUGCCUUAAUUUUGUAUAAUAUGAAAAUUAUAGUAUAAAUGAUUAUGUUGAUGGUUUUUUUAACCAGAAAGAUUACUGUUUUCAGUCAAUACAUCUUUUGAGAUUUUAAUUUUGCUUUUUUAAUUAUAAUUCAUUUAGUAUCAAGCUGACCUUUUUACAUUUUGUGCUGUAUUUUGCAAUAAACUCCAC